CCGGGCCCUGCCGAGCGAGAGCGGAGAGGAGCCGGCGGGCCAGCGGGCGUCCCUGCAGCCAGCGAGCAGGAGGAGGAGCUGCUGCCGAGCCGAGGGCAGCCGGGGGAGCCGAGGAGGGCGCCCCAGGUGGUUGCCCCCUCCCUCUCCUGAGAUGUCAGGAAGGAGGGGGCCACCGGUGUCCUCCACAGGGGCCCCCCGGAGUCUGGGGGCUCCCAGCCCCACAGCUUGGAGGUGGAGGAGGUGUUGACAGGUGCUCCAAGAGAUGCUCCUUCUGCCCCCAUGCUCCCUCCCCAUCCUCUUCCUCUCCCUCCUCCCCAGUAUGCCAAUGGAGUCCCAACCCCCACCCUCGACAUUGCCCCCUUUCCUGGCCCCGGAGUGGGACCUUCUGUCUCCCCGAGUGGUCCUGUCUAGGGGUGCCCCUGCUGGGCCCCCUCUGCUCUUGCUGCUGGAGGCUGGGGCCUUUGGGGAGUCAACAGGCACCCCGGCCAACCGCAGCCGGCGUGGGGUGAGCGAAACUGCACCAGCGAGUCGUCGGGGAGAGCUGGCCGUGUGUGAUGCAGUCAGUGGCUGGGUGACAGACCGUCGGACGGCUGUGGACCUGCGUGGGCGUGAGGUGGAGGUGUUGGGCGAGGUGCCUGCAGCUGGUGGCAGUCCCCUCCGCCAGUACUUCUUUGAAACCCGCUGCAAGGCUGAUAGCGCUGAGGAAGGUGGCCCGGGGGUGGGUGGAGGGGGCUGCCGAGGUGUGGAUCGGAGGCACUGGGUGUCUGAGUGCAAGGCCAAGCAGUCCUAUGUGCGUGCAUUGACUGCUGAUGCCCAGGGCCGUGUGGGCUGGCGAUGGAUUCGAAUUGACACUGCCUGUGUCUGCACUCUCCUCAGCCGGACUGGCCGGGCCUGAGGCCCAUGCCCAGGAAAUGGUCAGGCAGGAAAAGAUCAGAGUUGAAUGCUGAGAGACCUCAGGGGUGGCCCAGCUGCUCCAAGGACUCCAGUUUGGGAACUCAUCAAAUGAUCACAAAAUCGCAAGUCUCUGAUUUUGAGCUCAAUCUGUGUAGGAUGGGUGAAACCACAUGGGGUUUUGAAGGAUGAAUAGGAGUUCUCCCAGAGGACCUUGAGGGCAAUAAUGAUGAUGGUGAUAAUAAUAUCAGCCAAUAUUUACUGAGUGUUUACUGUUUCUUAGUCCUAAUACAUAACUCCUCAGAUCAACUCUCAUGGA